GUCAACUACCAGAGAACGAAAUGGCGUGAAACAUUCGGGAAAACAUUUCUACUUUCAGUUCAAAAUUUAACGUGUUUCGAGCAGUUAUUCUGACGCUGCCGUUUUUAGUUCGCCUCACUUUUAUAUAGUUCUAAGGAAACGGCCAUGACAUGAUGAGUGUUGACGCUUAUGCCCCAAAUUCCCAAACACUCACGUUCCUGGACACCGAGGAAGAUCUCCUCGGAGCGGAUACUCAAGGCACAGACUUCGACUUUACAGAUUUUACAUUACCAUCACAAACACAGUCGCAGACCCAAGCCUCUCAGCUAGAACCUGGACAGAGCCAAAGUCAGCAACCCAAUGGUGUUGAUAUACCACUACAAAAUGGAUUGGAUAAGGGGAUUGGAGUCAUCGCACAAGGGGUGGGUGAGCUCAACUUCGAGGAGGAGGAAGAGGAACAGUUUUAUAUGAAAGAUCUUCCCAAACAUGCAUGCUCAUACUGUGGAAUACAUGACCCAGCAUGUGUGGUGCUGUGUAACUCCACCAAGAAGUGGUUCUGUAAUGGCCGUGGUAACACAUCAGGCAGCCACAUCAUCAACCAUUUGGUGAGAGCUAAGGCUAAGGAGGUGACGCUCCACAAGGAUGGACCACUGGGGGAGACUGUCCUCGAGUGCUACAACUGUGGCUGUCGUAAUGUGUUCCUGCUUGGCUUCAUCCCAGCCAAGGCCGACUCUGUGGUGGUGUUACUGUGUAGACAGCCAUGUGCUACACUCACCAACCUCAAGGACAUGAACUGGGAUCCCAGCCAGUGGCAGCCCCUGAUCCAGGAUCGACAGUUCCUAGCCUGGCUGGUAAAGGUGCCCUCAGACCAGGAACAAAUGCGAGGACGGCAGAUCUCUGCCCAACAGAUUAACAAACUGGAGGAGUUAUGGAAGGACAACCCUGAUGCUACACUUGAAGACUUGGAGAAACCUGGGGUAGAUGAAGAGCCCCAACAGGUCCUUCUGAGAUAUGAUGAUGCCUACCAAUACCAGAACAUAUUUGGUCCCCUGGUGAAGUUAGAGGCAGACUAUGAUAAGAAGCUGAAGGAGUCCCAGACCCAGGAUAACAUUGUGGUUCGCUGGGAUGUUGGCCUGAACAAGAAGCGUAUCACAUACUUCCACCUCCCCAAGGCCAACGAAGAAAUGAAGCUGAUGCACGGAGAUGAGUUACGGAUCCGUUACAUGGGAGAACUUCACAAGCCUUGGUCUGGUGUUGGACAUGUCAUCAAGAUCCCAGAUAACCAUAGUGACGAGGUGGCCAUAGAACUGAAGAGUAACGCUGGUGUGCCCACAGAGUGUACCCAUAACUUUGUAGUGGACUUUGUCUGGAAGUCAACAUCGUUUGACAGAAUGCAGGCAGCUCUGAAGACUUUUGCUGUUGAUGAGACCUCAGUUUGGGGCUACAUUUACCACAAACUGCUCGGACAUGAAGUGGAGGAUGUCGUCAUCAAAUGUCAGCUUCCCAAGAGAUUCAGCGCCCUUAACCUGCCAGAACUGAACCACUCUCAGGUGUACGCAGUGAAGACUGUCCUGCAGCGACCCCUCAGUCUUAUCCAGGGUCCUCCAGGGACAGGUAAAACUGUAACCUCUGCGACUGUGGUGUACCAUCUGGCCAAACAGAACUCUGGCCAGGUGCUGGUGUGUGCCCCCUCCAACAUUGCUGUGGACCAGCUUACCGAGAAGAUUCACAGGACUGGGCUCAAGGUGGUGCGCCUCUGUGCCAAGAGCCGUGAAGCCAUUGAGUCCCCAGUCUCUUUCCUGUCCCUACACAACCAGAUCAGGAACAUCGAGAGUGUGCCAGAGCUACAGAAGCUGCAACAGCUUAAAGAUGAGACUGGUGAACUGUCAUCUGCUGAUGAGAAGAGGUAUCGCUCCCUCAAGAAACAGUGUGAGAAAGAGCUGCUACAGCAUGCAGAUGUGAUCUGCUGUACCUGUGUUGGAGCAGGGGACCCAAGACUUGGAAAGAUGCAGUUCCGCUCUGUACUCAUUGAUGAGAGUACCCAGGCUACAGAACCCGAGUGUAUGAUCCCUGUGAUUCUAGGAUGCAGACAAUUGAUUCUGGUUGGAGAUCACUGUCAGCUUGGUCCAGUGGUGAUGUGUAAGAAAGCAGCUCGUGCUGGACUGUCUCAGUCCCUGUUUGAGCGUUUGGUUGUGCUAGGUAUUCGCCCCAUCAGGCUCCAGGUCCAGUACAGAAUGCACCCUGCACUCAGCGCCUUCCCUUCAAACAUCUUUUAUGAAGGCUCUCUGCAGAAUGGGGUUGCCCCAGCUGAUCGUACAAGGAAGAAUCUGGACAUUCCUUGGCCUCAGGCAGACAAGCCGAUGUUCUUCUACACGACAUCUGGUCAGGAGGAAAUCUCAAGCUCUGGCACCUCCUAUCUCAACAGGACUGAGGCAGUCAAUGUAGAGAAGAUUGCCACCCGUUUCCUACGAUCAAGCAUCAAACCUGAACAGAUCGGUAUCAUCACACCUUAUGAGGGACAACGAGCAUACAUUGUCCAGUACAUGCAGUACAGCGGAUCUCUUAACAAGAAGCUGUACCAGGAGAUUGAAGUAGCCAGUGUGGAUGCUUUCCAAGGGAGGGAGAAAGACUUCAUCAUUUUGUCAUGUGUCAGAUCCAAUGAACACCAGGGAAUUGGAUUUCUGAAUGAUCCACGUCGUCUGAAUGUAGCUCUGACUCGAGCAAAGUAUGGAAUCAUCAUUGUGGGUAACCCUAAAGUCCUGUCAAAGCAACCUCUGUGGAACCACCUGUUGACUUACUACAAGGAGCAGAAAUGCCUGGUGGAGGGACCCCUCAACAACCUCAAGGAAAGCCUGAUACAGUUCAGCAAGCCACGCAAGCUUGUCAACUCAGCCAACCCGGGUGGCAGAUUCAUGAGUAACAUUAUGUUUGAUGCCCGAGAAGUACUUAUCCCUGGUAGUGUGUAUGACAGAACCCAGGGAUAUCGUGAACCAGCUGUGGUCCGUCACCAUGACCAGCUGAGUUAUAUUGGACCUGAGCGUGCCUAUACAGGCCCCGCUCUCAACCUGCCAGUGCCAGUCAACAUGUUCAUACCUCCAAUGCCACAGCCCUUCAACACUCAACAGCCGGUUCACAUGAACAACAAGAACAAUCCACGACAGAACCAGCGUGGCUACAACUACCGCCAGAAGCCACCUCGAUACAGCAACACACAGACCACCCAGGGCUCACAGAUGAGUCAGAAUGGCAGUCAGAGCCAGGCUAGUCAGGAUGGUAUAUCCCAGCCGUUCUCGCAGGGUCCUCUGACCCAAGGGCCAAUGUCGAUGAGCCAGUCGUUCCAGAUGAGCCAGCCCGGCCUUUCGGGCCUGUCGCAGCCAGAACUGUCCCAGGACAGUUUCCUUGCUGACGACUUUAAGUCGCAGGCUGACGGCAUGUUGUCCCAGGACUCGACAUACCAGGGCGACCGCAUGUUCUAUGCCUCCCAGCUGUCACAAGGUCCCUUCAACUAGGACCGCCACUCACAAUAUCAGCCUACGGCAGAAAGAUGAAAUGAAAACUAAGUGAUCGAUCACACAAGAUCUUAGCUACCACAAUGUCUCUGACAGUACGAUGUGCACACAAUGAGCAGUGUCUGCUAAAGUGGCCUGCCAGGUAAAACUACCACCAACCACGGGCGUCGGCUUCCCACGGCCACACCUGAGGGAAACGUCCCCUCCCACAAGGCUGAGUGAGACAGCCACCGGGGUCCGACACAGCCAUCCGCUCACAUGACCGAUCAUGUGGCUCUAAAGCGGUAACGUGGCAUGUUGGUGGAGAUAUGAAUGGGCAGAUAUAUGCCACCUGCUAGGUGAAUCCGAGCAGACGACAGACACUGCUGGGCCUGUGGUUUUGAUGCCAUACUGAAGGGGUUCAGUGUAUCUGAACCCAAUGUGUGGGUAGCACUACAAGAUAUAAAUCAGAGAUCAUAUGUAGCCCUGGUUUCAUGCAAGAGUAGAUUUGAGAAACUACACUUAAACAAAAAUAUUGUGUUGGAAAAGAGUUUGGUACCAUCCGAGUAUUAGAAUGCAAGCUUAUAUCUAUCUUUGUGUUGAAAUAUAGUCUUUUCUUUCAGUUUAUUGUGUAUGGUGAUUUUUUUUUUAAUAAUUUUGCUUCCAUCUUUGAUAUAUAGCCGAUGUUAAUGGGGCGUUUCGUUGGAAUGUUCUAGAUAUGUAUGUCAAUCACAGCAGACACUUACUGUAUUACAUUGAUAAGGACUAUGGUUAAAACAGGUGAUGGUGAUACCAAGAAAUCAUGGGUGAGUGCAAAUGCUGAUCAGUUGUAGAGGUGUUUGGAGAGAAGCUACUUGACUAUAUCAGGUCUGUGUGAUGUGUACAGUUGUUGGUUUGUUCCUUAAUAUUCCAACCUCGUGUCUUCACCAACACGUGUUGUCAAUGAUUCUGCAGGUUUGUCUCUAAACAUGAAAAAUGGAGAUCCCUCUUGGCUCACGAAUUGUUGCUAUAAUAAAAAAAAUCACUGCCCUUAUUUUCCCUGAGAAGGAACAGACCCAUACCUUUUGCCUUGUGACAAAUAGAUGUCAAACUUUGAAGGUCGCUUCUUCAUUUACCAGUUGUUUACCCGUAAGUCUUUGAUUUUGAAUUGAAAAUGUUCAUUCAGUGAUUUAAGUCUUUCAUAACAGAUUUACAUUUUCGAUGACCAAUUUUGGCUAUACUGUAUGCUGCUGAAUAGGUGUUGUAGUUUUAACUUCUCGAGUAGGAUUUGUUUUAUCAUAACAAUACAUGAAAGUGAUUGCCCUAGUAUGAUAAAUGUCAAAACGCAAAUCAAGACAUGAUCAAGUCUCGAGGUGCAAUAUUUCUCUGUGAAAAUCUCAAUCCAGAGCAAGAUUCAGUUGUCCCGAACCAAGUUUUGUUUGAGUUCUUCCCCGUUUCAUUUGAUGAAAAAAAAAACAAAACUUUUUGUUAAGUAAAUCAGCUUUAAAGCAGAGACUGGAGAUCAGUUUAGGCCAGGGAUAAAUCUAAAUAGAAUGUGAAAUCAGUAUGCCACUUGUGGAGCCUUACUCAAAGGAAGAUAAGUUAUCUACAUGGGUCUGUUGAAUAAUGCAUAGGAGAUGAGUAGAUUCGGUGUGGAAGAUAUUAUUCUUGAGGAGAAGUGAGUUGUGUAAAUCAUACUUUUAUCAAAUUCAAGAAAGAUGGUCACAUGAAAUGUAUUUGAUUUAUGUCCUUUUUUAAUGUUGUGCAAUCUAAUAGUAAGAGUUAUUGUUUUUUAAAAUCAGCUAGCAAUAAAUUUGUACAGAAGAUGAUGUCUGUGUAAAGUUGGACCAAUUGCAAAGGAGCCAACUGGUAAGGAUUCUGAGAGAGACCAAUGCAAAUGUAAAGGAUGUGUUCAGUAUUUAACUCCAUGUCUAAAUCAGAUAUAUCUAUGUUCUCACUGCUAAUGUUAAUCUCCUUGUAUGGUUACUUGUGGGCAUUAAAAAGUUGAUUCAUUCACUCUGCUAGCUUCACUGCUGUGCUGAAGUAAAUAUUCCAAUGCAUGGAUUAUUUCACGUUUUUUCAUAGACUAGUUUUGUAUUUCUUCCAUGGGACGUUAUAAAAUUUUGUGACUUUAUGAUCAUUUAAAGGUGAAUAGAUUUAAAGUUAUUCUUUUCGUUUGCAUCAACCCCUGGUUUACAACCAGAAGUCGAGUUUCUUUGAUUAAUUGGUGUUUAGGAUGGCUAUCAAUGAAAUUUUGCUAGUAAAUAACAACAGAUUUUAGUUUCACAGAUAUUUUAGUGGUUAUCUUCCCUAGUGUGUGGCACCUUGAGUGCUUGGGCCGCUUUCCUGUAUCACUUUAAUUUGCUUCUAACCUUGUCCUGUACCUUUACUCCAAUAAAAAUUCUUCUGCUCCUUCAAA